CUCAAUACAUCUUCACAAAAUAUCAAAUCCUGUAUGAACGACUUGAUAAGCGCUCUACUCAACUCCGAACUCCCUCGGACCAUCAAAGCGUGACGGCUGAUUUCCACGCACAAAACAUGCCAGGAAACCUUGCCCAAAAAAUCUUUUCUUUUUUUCACCAUUCCACAGCACGCUUGUUGCAUAGAUUUACGGUAACGCCAGCAGCCCCGAAAUGAAGGAUUAUCAACGAGAUUUUAUUGAAUUCUGUUUGGCCAAUGAUGUCCUUCGUUUCGGUUCAUUCACUCUCAAGUCCGGAAGAGUAUCACCCUACUUCUUUAACGCUGGUUUGUUCAACACUGGCAAGUCCAUUACCUCUAUCGGUGGUUUCUAUGCUGCUGCCAUCCGUGACCAGGGUUUCAAAUACGAUGUUCUCUUUGGUCCCGCCUAUAAGGGUAUUCCGCUCGUAGUUGCUUCCUCCAUUGCCUUGUACAACGAACACCAAGUCGACGCUCCUUACUCUUUCAACCGUAAGGAGAAGAAGGAUCACGGUGAAGGCGGCAACAUUGUUGGUUCUCCUCUGGAAGGUGAAAUCUUGGUCGUCGACGAUGUCAUCACUGCUGGUACCGCCAUCAAUGAAUCCAUCCAGAUCAUCAAGUCCUCCAAGGCUUCUUUGUGCGGUGUCAUCGUUGCUGUUGAUCGCGCUGAAAUCGCUCCCGACGGUUCCGGUAAGAGCGCUAUUCAAGCCAUCCAAGAGCAGAACAAUAUUCCCAUCCGUGCCAUCAUCACCAUGGAUCACAUCAUUGAAUUCAUGACCGAGAAGGGUACCUAUGGUAACGAGCUUGAGAUGAUGAAGGCAUACAAGGCUCAAUAUGGCGUCAACCAAUAAAAAAAAAAGAAAGGUCAACGCCGGCUGGAUCCGAUCUAUUACGUGCAUAUGUUUGGAUUCUAUGCGACGGAUAUCUUUUU